CAGUUUUCAGCGCUCGUUCAGUUGACUACGAACUAUCGUAUCGCGAUGAGUGUAAUUAAAUACUAUCGGUUCACAUCGAUGCUAUGGUUUGGCCUCCAACUGUGGCAGAUCGCGUUGGUUCAAGGACAUCGCAUUUCCGAACGAAAAUGCAAAGAAUACAUCGCACAAAACACCGAACAAUCCAUCGGAGGAACUCUAAGCCUGGACCCGGAGCUUGUUGUCUACGAACGAACAAACUGCUCCACAUCGGUUGAUUUGAUCAUCAAUGGUGUUGAAGCACUGAUCGGAGAGUUUCCGCACCAAGCCCUGUUAGGCAAACCGAAAGAAAACUCCACCAGCGAACUGGACUUCUACUGCGGGGGGUCGUUGAUUAGUGAGUGGUUCGUUCUCACGGCUGCGCACUGCCAGCGUCCGAUGAUUGUCCGCUUAGGGGAACACGAUCUGCGCGAACAAAGCUUCGACGAGGAGGACUACGAAAUAUCGGAUUACAUCAAGCAUCCGAUGUAUAAAAUUAGUAAGUCCUACUACGACAUUGCGCUGGUGCAGUUGGCAACAAAGAUUGAGUUCCACAGUUUGGUGCGGCCUUCCUGCCUGUGGACGAGUGAUCCAUUCAACAUGAGCUCUGUGGUGGCAACCGGUUAUGGAGCGACUGAAAAUGGAGGUCACAAUUCGCCGGUACUGAUGAAGGUGCGUCUGAACGUGAUGGAUCGAGAGAAAUGUGAGAACCGAUUCGAAUGGAACAGAAAAUUCAGCGAUGGCAUCAAAGAGGAACAGUUGUGCGUCGGAAGUCAGGAGGGCGGAAAAGAUACCUGCAACGGAGAUUCCGGUGGUCCCAUUCAGGUGGCAACAGAUGUGAACACAUGUGCUUACUACAUCGUUGGAAUAACCUCUUUUGGGGGUGCCUGUGGAACGGGAACGAGUGAAUCGGUUUACACAAAGGUAGCGAGCUAUCUGGACUGGAUCGAAGAGACAGUUUGGCCGUCGGAAUGGUUGCAGCUACGACAAGAUCUCGGCACGGAAAGCCCCAAGUCUUUCAAUGAUGGUCGAAUCUAUUUUCCUGAUGAUUAAUGUUUUUAUAAAAUAUUUAACUAUUCAAUGAAACAGUAAAGUUUUCUAUACCAAA